AUGGCUUUGAAUAUCUCAUCAGGAUCACGCUACUUUAUUGUCAACACACAAUCCGGGACGGUCAUCGACGUUGCCUCGGAUUUGAAGGUAAAUGGAUACAAACGCGUCGGUGGAGACAACCAACAGUGGGAUAUCACCUACACGGAAGGAGGUUGGCUCAUCAAGAACGUUCAAUUCGGUAAAUAUCUGGGUAUCAGCGACGGCGACCCCAAGGAUGGCUCCGUCGUCAGAAUCUCCUCUGAUGCAUUCAUCUGGCACUUGUGGCCCGACACAGCCCAGGUCACUGCUGGAAGAAUUUGCGUCCCAAGCACGGCGCUCAAUGUUGACCUUGACAAAGGCAGCUUUGACAAUGGAACUGAUAUUAAUGUCUGGGGACGCCACGAAGGAUGGAACCAAGUCUGGCGCUUCGAAAAAGGUAUAUACCCUCUCGAUUCACGACGAAAAUUGACUCAUCAUACUUCUUGA